AGAGCAACGAAGAAGAAUAUGAAGUACUUUGGCGGUUAAAAAUAUUUCCGUCAUAUUUGAAAAAGCGAGACAAAAACUUAUCUUUCUGGAACAGACUUCAUUGUUAACGGAAACCAUUAAGUUCGAUUGCUGUUUUUAAGUUGUUAUUUAACUAAACAUUUUUAAAUUUUCUUCACUAUGGCGGAUGAAAGAAUCAGAUCUUAUAAGAAUAAAGGAAAAAAUUCCGAGGAAAUGCGCUUGAGACGGAUUGGACAAACUGUUGAACUUAGAAAAGCUAAGAAGGAAGAACAAUUAUUAAAGAGAAGAAAUAUUGCUAUUGAAGAAGAUGGACCAACUUCCCCAACAGAGAGUAGUGCUUCAACCAACUCUCCAAUUUCUAUGUCUACUGAAGAGAUCCUCUUUGGUAUGAUGAACAAAGACGAAGACAUUCAACUUAAUGCUACAAUGGCCUGUAGAAAGAUAUUGAGCCGGGAAAGAAACCCACCAAUUGAUCAUAUGAUCAGAUUAGGUGUUGUUCCAAAAUGUGUUGAAUUUUUAGAAAAAUCUCACAAUCCUGCACUUCAAUUUGAAGCUUGCUGGGCUUUGACCAACAUUGCAUCAGGUACACCUGAACAAACAGCACAGGUUGUUCAAGAAGGGGCUUUGACUAAAUUGAAGAUGCUGUUGAUGUCCUCUAGGUUGGAUAUUGUCGAACAAGCUGUUUGGGCGAUAGGAAACAUUGCUGGUGAUGGCCCUCUUACAAGAGAUUUAGUUCUUCAGUGUGAUGUAUUAACAGAUCUUCUUCGAUUAAUCUCUCAUUAUUCACCAAACAUACCUAUUUCUUUGUUGAGAAACAUAGUUUGGGCAAUUUCGAAUUUGUGCCGUAAUAAAAAUCCCCCUCCAGAUUUUGAAAUUGUCAAGCAUGCUUUACCAACAUUGGCAAAAUUAUUGCUUUAUAAGGAUAAAGAUGUCUUAGCAGAUGCUUGCUGGGCUUUAAGUUAUUUGACAGAUGGAACCAAUGAAAAGAUACAAGCAGUGAUUGAUACUGGAAUGGUUAAUACUUUAGUGGAACUUUUGGGAUGUGAUGAAAAUACAGUAUUGACACCAUCACUAAGAACUGUUGGAAAUAUCGUUACUGGAAACGAUGUACAGACGGAUAUUGUACUCGCUGCUGGUUUAUUGAAGUAUAUGCCACGUUUACUCCAACAUCCCAAAUUGAACAUUGUAAAGGAGGCUGCUUGGACUAUAUCUAACAUUACUGCUGGUAAUCCUCAACAAUUGGAUCAAGUUUUAGCAUCUGGUAUAAUGCCAUAUCUGAUCAGGAUCUUACAAGUUGGAGACUUCAAAUCACAAAAGGAAGCUGCAUGGGCUGUAACCAACUUUACCAGUGGAGGUACAACAGAACAGUUAGUUGCCUUGGUAGGAAUGGGUGUAAUAAGACCAAUGUGUAAUUUAUUGAAUGCCAAAGAUGCCAAGACUGUUCUUGUCAUUUUGGAUGGCUUAGCAAAUAUCUUAACUGCAGCCUCUAAAGUUGGACAAAUGAAUGAAAUAGCUAUUAUGGUAGAAGAGUGUGGUGGUCUUGACAGUAUAGAGAGCUUGCAAACCCAUGAAAAUGAGAAGGUUCUCGAAAAGGCCUAUGGUAUAAUCGAAAACUUCUUUUCUGAAGAAGAAGAGGAAACUUUCAACUGCAAACCAACCACCACCAUGGAUGGAAUGCUCAGUAUAUCAAACUUCACAAAUCCACCACCUAAUGGUGGUUUUUCUUUUUAAGCUGUUUUGCUUAUUAAAUUUUUACUCCACAUUCAGAAAACAAGUGUUUUUUACUGAUGGUGCAAGGAGGUUUUCUUCAAGAAAUAUCUCAAAAAAUUGAACAGAUUACCUAUAUGGACGAUUUUUUUUACAUUUAUAAUUGUUAAUUUUGUAAUUUAUCAUUACCAAUUUUUUAGCGUUUUAGGUGCUUCUGAGAUUUUCUAUACAUAUUCUCAUAUUUGAAGUCAAAAAAUUGAAUAAACAACACUGCAUUUUAA